GAAACCCUGAAGAUUAAUCAGACAGUGCUACAAGGCAUCAAGUCAAUGUUCAGAGUGCAUUAGACUACGAGGAGAAACCACACAUUUGCUCUUCACCAUAGAGGAGAGACUGAUAACAUCUGCGGUGACUGUGCCCUCUUUGGACACCUGUUUGCCGUCUAGUUCUUCACCGGAGACCGAGAGACUGGUAAAAGCUACAGCCUGGACUUAGAACUCAUAAUUAAGGUUUCUUCACUUGGGUCAGGGAGACAUAUCUGAGCAGAAACCAGCAGAACUGAGACAAUAUGUUUGGGAUGUGCCGAAAUCAUCGACAGCUUUCUCAACUACAAAACUUCAGACAGUUGAUAUACCUCACCAUCAUCUCUCUCAUCCUGCUGUGUUGGAUGUACAGGUCACACAGGAGCUUCCCGUUCGUGACUCAGUACGAUCCAGAAAUCACUGAGCCUCAGACUCCAGUGCAACUGAAAGAGACUCAGCAAUGUCCUUCAGGGCAAAUGGCUCCUCAGUCACAAAAGCUGUCUAUCGUGGCGGUCAACAGGACGAAGACACUGCUGGUAUCAGCUUAUCAGGAGCACCGCACAGGAAAUAGGAAGGUUCGUGUCAUUGCAGUGGUGCUGAGGAAGGAGACUGUAGCCUACCAUUGCCUCCUCUGUUGUCAGGAUCAACUGCACAUCUCUGACGGUGUCAGCAGUGUCUAUGCUCAUCACUUUGACUUUCCAUAUGGGACAGCAGACAUCAUGUGUCCUAUCCCUUCAGGCUGUGAGACUGUGUCUCAUAUCGCUGUGACCUCUGCUGCAAACAAAUCUGGAGAGUUUGUGGAGGUGAAGAACCAGAAGGUGAAAAGUGACUCCUUUCCAUACAACUUCACUGUCUGCCUCUCCACCAUGUUCGAUUUCACCAACGUGUUACAGCUGGUCCAGAGUUUGGAAAUGCUGCAGUUACUGGGGGUGAACAGGGUUGUCGUCUAUAAGACCAGCUGCAGCCCUGAAACACAGCGCAUACUGGACUACUACACUCACAAAGGUUUAGUGGAGGUGAUUCCUUGGUCUCUGUCCAAAUUUAUUAAUGUAUCUCGGGGCUGGCUGCCUUCACACGGUCCGGGUGACAUCCACUACCUCGGCCAGAUUCCUGCUCUCAAUGACUGUCUCUACAGAUACAUGUACCAGUCUAAAUAUGUGGCCCUGCAUGACAUUGACGAGCUCAUACUGCCUCAGUCAGUCAACAGCUGGUUGAAAUUGUUGCCACAGUUGGAGAAGAAGUAUGGCGCUGACCAGUGUUACAUGUUUGAAAAUAACGUGUUCCCCAUCACCGUCACGCUGCCUCCUCCCACCUCCCAGACUCUGCCCCUGCAGAACCACCACUGGCAGAAUGUGUCUGGAGUUAACAUCCUGGCUCACCUGUACCAUGAACCCAUCAUUCCAGAAACUCAUUACAGCAACUUCAAGAUCAUUGUCAACCCUCGAGCUGUGUACAGAGCAACCGUCCACGGACUGCUGAAGUCAGUCAAAGGCUGCGCCUGGGUUGACAGGAAUAUAGCACGAAUGUACCACACAAGAGAUCCGAGGCAACCCAAGCUGACACCAAACCAGCUGAUUUAUGACGGCAGACUGCUGAGCUACAGCACCCACCUCAUACCAGCUGUCAAUACUGUACUCAGAGAGAAUGGACUUCUACCAGAGGACAGCAUACAGUAGCCUCUGUUGGUGUGUGCGUGUCUCUACUCAAAGCACCAAAUGCAAAUGUUGUUCACUUAUUGGCCACUAGGUGAAGUGUAAGUGUCCAUCCAGACUUUCAUCCUUUUAACUCAGGGAGAGGAAUUAUUCUUCAGGAAUUUAUAGUUUAAUUAUUUAAUAGUCUGAUCUGUGCGGACUUUUUAAACAUGUUAAAUAUGUUGCUUGCUGACUGCACAAACAAUUCCAUUUUGCAUUAUAGAGCGGUGCAGGGAUGAUGUAUUUUUGAUGGCCAUUUUUGUUGCUCGGGUUUAUUUUUUAUUUUCAGUACUGUAUGAACCAUUUUCUUGGGUGAUUGAAUAGUGGUUAAUUCAUUUUUAAUAUAUACAUUGAGCUUUAAUUAAUGUAUUUUUAAGCUAUUGUGGAGCAUUGCUGUCUGUAGUGUCCUGCUGUAAAUGAUCAAUAAAGGUUUUGGACUGGAAGACA